AUGGCUGGCUUGUGUGGGUUCGGAUUCCUUUGGCAAGUGCACAACGGCCCAAUGCAGAGCUAUACAGAUGAUGUUUCUGCGAAACCAAGUGAUCAAAAUGCCAACAUGCUUGAGCAGCAGUUGCGGAAACUACUUGCUAGCCCGAGCAUCCCUGCUACGUCGCCGAUCCUUUCGCCUGCCCGUGCCUUCAGUGAAUCGACAUCAGGCAUCGCAGCGAACUCCGGCAUCUCUGUCGUCUCUGGCAUGCCACACUUUGCAUCAGAGGGUCCGCUUGAUGAUGUGGGCGCCCUUCCGGUGUCCCACGGAGUCGCAGACAGCUCCGGCACCGGUUUGGAAGCGGCCGCCGCAGACUUCGAUCCAUCCGACGAAGGCGGAAGUGGAGGCGAUAACGACUGCCACGACACGCAUCCCAAUGCUGACAGUCCGGAUAUGUUGCACGUGGUCUUUGCUUCCGAUGAAAAUCAGGUGGAAGGUGUGCAGGCAAGUGUCGCUUCCGUCGUGUCCGCAACGGCAUCCCCAGACGAACUGACGAUUCACAUCAUUGUCCAAGCUCGAUCUCUCAAUACCUUCAAGGAGCGAUUCGGUAUUCGUCCCGAGUGCCACGCGACAGUCAGUGUGACCGGCGUCUUGAUCAAGGUCCAUUCUGUAGAAGGCCAACUCAUCGAGAAGGCAGUGGCGAAGGUUUCGUCAAGUUUGCGCAAGGAAAGAGGAGCCAUUGACACACCGGAGAACUUCGCCCGGUUUUACAUGCAUUUGAUCUUGGAAAGAGCCGUUGUCAUCUACUUGGACGCAGAUACAAUUGUCCAGGCUGACCUUGCUGAGCUACGCAAGCAGCUGCUGGCCAGUGGGAAAACCAUUGGCUUCGUAGCGCGCGAGAACGAGGUCAGAAUGGACAAAUUCCUCAGAAAGCCCAAAGGUUGCAGCGCGCAGCUUGGGGCGAGCUGGAAGACGUUGAUGUCCCUCCAGGCGUACAACGUGGGAGUCUUCGCAGUCAAUCUCCAGCGCUGGAAAGACCAGCACGUUGUGGAGAGGGUGGAAGAGCUUGUCACGCAGCACAAUCGCUGUGCCGGCAAGCUCUGGGUUGGUGGCUCUCAACCGCCAUUGCUGCUGGCAUUUCUCAACCUCAAACAGGGAGAGGACAAAGACUACAUCGUCUUUCCGGCCGAGUGGAACUACGGAGAUUUGGGUUGGCGAAAGACCAUGAGCGCAGCAAAACUUCAAACAAAGAAAGUGCUGCACUGGAACGGCAACAAAAAGCCGUGGAACACUGAUGGUCUUUACAGGGAAAUGUGGUUACCACAUCGCCAGGGCUUCUAUUCUCUGCUGAAGCCGUACAGCGCGAACGCAGAGGGGGGCUCCACUCAAAGGCCACCGGAUGCCGGACCGACGGCUCCGAAACCGAAAGCGAAAAAGAGUGGCCCCGCUGUCACUACGACCCUUAGCCCCGAAGAGCAAGCUGCCCGAGAAGCUUGUCCUUCGGUGCGGCUGCUGGAUGAGUGGGUUGAAGGAGGUGCGAGCUGUGUGAUGGGCAAGUCCUACGGCUGUCUGGAUCCGCCGAAGGCGGAUGGGAUGUAUGCAAUGGCUGGCUGUGCUGGCCUGUUCAGCGUGUCCGGCAAAGCCACAGUUUGUGGUGUUGGGCGCACGAAAUGCGAGCCCGGAGCAGUUCCAAAGAGCGCUGACUGUGGGCUCAUGAUUUUAACAAGUUAUUUUACAACAAAGAAAGAUUGGCAGCGGGGCAAGUACGUCAAGCCAACAUUUUCCAAAAUUCAGAAGCUUUACCAGACGGCUGUGACCAAUGGCCUCAGUGUAAGCGUUCUGUAUGAUGUGCUUCCACAAGAGUUUCUUGAUAUGUAUUCCACCGAACGCUUCCGGUUUGUGCAAGUCAAUCUCACCCAGUUUGACAAGAGGUACGGGGUCAAUGAUGUGCGCUACUUCUUUUUUGAGAGGUUGGUGCAGCAGAACCGAGAGUGGAAGUACAUCUUCAUCGUUGAUGCAUUCGACGUGAGAUCGGGCAUGAAUCCAUGCUCUGGCAUGCAGCCCGGCAAGAUCUAUGUCGGAGGUGAGCAAGACAGGCUGAAGAAGCACCCAUGGAUGAAGGCCCGCUUCCAGAAGAUGGGCGGUAAGUACAAUCAGUGGUACACCACGAAGGUUACGGACAAACUGAAGAUCCUCAACUGUGGCCUCACGGGCGGCCAGCGAGACAUGAUGCUGAAGCUCCUGUCUCGCAUGGUGCAGGUUUUGCAGGAUCCGGCGCUUGCAAUCCGGCAAAAAAACGAGGACAUCAACCUGAACAUGGCAGCACUCAACUACAUCCUCUAUGUCGAGUUUGAUGGCAAGUUCCAAUACGGACCGCCUGUCCAUUCGGCGUACAAGAGGUUCGAAAACAAGCGGAAGGAUGUCUGGUGGGUGCACAAGUGA